GCUUCUUCCUGUCAGCUAACACGAAGCUCUCAUGUUAUACACUGAAACUCUGCGUUACGUUUAUCCCAUUUAAAGCGCCGCUAAAAGAAAAAAAAAAGCAAACAUGGCAGAGGCCAUUCAGAAGAAACUAAAAGCGGAAGUGGAAAAAUAUGCACUUAUGCAAAAAGAUGUUAGUAAGAGUGUUUCUGCCAGACAGAAGCUGGAGACGCAGCUGGCAGAGAACAACAUCGUUAAAGAGGAGCUGGAUCUGCUGGACAGCUCCAACAUAGUUUUUAAGCUUAUUGGUCCUGUUUUGGUCAAACAAGACCUGGAUGAAGCUAAAGCAACGGUGGCGAAACGGCUGGAGUACAUCAAUGGAGAAAUUCAAAGAUACGAGACGCUCCUGAAAGACUUUGAGAAGAAAUCUGAACAGCAGCGAGAGAUCCUGACUAGUUUACAGCAGGACUUUCAGAAAGCCCAAGGCCUCGCUGCAGGAAAAGUAUGAGGAACCGUCUUUUCAAACAAGCUGAAAACACGGCCAAGGGACAAUAAUACCAUAUUAACCUAUUAAAUGGGCUGAGUUCAUUCUGCUUGUACCCUGUCUUUGAUUUACAAUGUUCAUGCUCUGAUGUUACCAAUAAACACCUGUU